AAGUGUCGGGCUCAGAGAAAUGGAAGCUUCACAGGCUUAUAUAGACCCUGGAAAAUAGUGUACAGGAGCAUUCACAAAGGACUGCAGACAAGAACAAAUCCGAGAAGUUGCCUGCUUUCUGCACAGAAGAAUGGCUGUGAAAACCUUGGCACUGUGGCUGCUGCUUGUGGGGACAUUAGUGCCCCCGCACCGCUGUCAGCACUGGUCAUAUGGACUGAGCCCAGGAGGGAAGAGGGAACUGGACAGCCUGUCAGACACACUGGGCAAUCUAGUUGAGGGGUCUCCACAUGUGGCGACACUCUGCAGUGUUCUGGGUUGUGCAGAGGAAUCACCUUUUGCCGGAAUUUACAGAAUGAAAGGAUUCCUUGGAAGUGUGACUGACAGGGAAAAUGGACACAGAAAUAAAAAAUGA